GGCGAACUUCACUGCGGUCGCCAUUUGCGCCACGAACGCUGGUAGAUUGUCUUGUGUGUAAAAUUGUGGAAUUGGAGGUUAUAGUGCUAAUUUACUAGUUAAUAGUGCAUUAAAAUUAUCAAAAACAUUUUGAAGCAAGUCAAUUGAGUGUUCAAUGUCUCGUAAGCACGAAAAGUGUUUCGAAUGAUUGCCGGGAACCCCAGAAAUGAAGAUAGUCGGGACACAUACAAAUUCAACUAGAAAUCUUAUGACAGCAGUGCCUCUAACAAACCAAACCAAUUAUUUUUAAACCUAAAUCUAAAUCUUUUUAUAAUAAGUGACAUUGUGCCAGUAUUUAAGCCGUAUUAAAAAUUAAGUAGUUAGUUUUUUUUGUAAACUGAGUGUUGCCAGUAUGAAAAUUCCGGAGACUUCAGCUAAUGUUGGUGCUUAUUAUGGGAACGAGGAAAAUGGACAGUGGCAGCCAAACGGUGUUAUAAUUGACAGCGGAGUGCCCGGUGGAGUAGUGGGCAGUGGGGACGGUCUGCACCCACAGCCUGUAUACCCUGUACACAUACCAAGAGGACAUGUACCCGGCUACGUGAUGGCGGGCGCGUACUACGCAGGCGCGGGGUACGGCGCGGCGCCGGCGCCGCCCGACGACUUCGCCGACUACAUGUGGAUGGAGAACGAGGAGGAAUUCGACAAGCAGGCUGUGGUUCCGCAGGUGAUGCAACAGCUCGAGGAGGAGGCGCUCAUGGAGCAAUGCAUAGAGGCCAUGCUGGAGGACGAGCAGAGGGAGCUGGAGAGGCACAACCCCCACUAUCCUACGACGAGUAAUGGCAACCCGUCCCUAUCGCUAGAAGAGACCGUGUCCCGAUCGACGCUCAACCCUCUCGCUGCCGAGUUCGUACCCACCUUCGUGCCGAGGGGCGCACGUACAGAAGAAAAGAAAGUAGUAGAAGUAAAGAGCACAGAAGAGACACAGAGAGAGCCCAGCGAAGGAGCGGAAGAGGCGCCGCAGGUCACGGUAGAUGUCAAAACAGAAGAUCCCCUCCCACCAGUAGAUCCGCCGGAAGUGAGCGCGGCCGACGUCCAACCCAUAGACAAAAAACGUGACAGCAAAAAGGACAGUAAAACGAGACCAGAGACCAAGAAACCAGUCAAAGCGGACCCCAAGAAGACCAGCAAACCUGCUGUCGUCAAAUCGGAGACCAAGGUGGCGCCUAAAAAGAAGGAAGUGAAAGCAGUGAAGAGUGAGCCUAGGUUAGAAGAGAGGGAGAAAGAAGAUGCGCCAGUGAUUGUCGCUGAGCUGCCUAAGGUGGCCCCCUUGCCUGCCCCCGCCCCCGCCCCCUUGCCCUCGGAGCCCGCGGGGCCCAAGCCCAUCAACUACGCGGCCGCCGCGCGCGCCAACAAACCCCGCGCCGUCACCGCACCCGCACCCGCACCCGCACCCGCACCCGUCACCGCACCCGCCACCAACACCACCGCCAACACCAAGAAACCCAUCGUGCAGAGAAAAAACAGCGCCAAGUAACACCCCACCCCCCCCACCCUCCUGCUGCUGACUGCCGGGUAACAACACGACCUCAUUCUACAUACGACUCUCCGCCGUUUAUAAUAAGGUACUAAAUUAUAAUUCGCUUCUGCGACCAUGUGAAUUCCUUUACGAUUUUGUAGAAAAUUGGGUCUGGAAAGGUUUAUUCAAAAAUGAACCUUGUGCCGUUUGGGUUAAAGUAGCGAGUGGAACGACGAGGAUUUAGGAGUCGUUUUGUAACAAACUCGUGUAUAAGUUCAGUAGGAAUGGCUAAAAAUGUUAUUUGUGAUAUGCCUUUGUUUCAUUUUUUUUAAUAAAUUCUAGUUAUUCAUAUUAAUAAGUAGUACCUUGACAACUAAACGUAUACGUGAGAUUUGGGCAUAAUAGAACUUGUUUUUGAAAUUUCUAUUGAACACUAUUUUAGAUGAAUCAUUAUCGAAUAAAUAUCACAAACAUCUAUAUAAAAAACGAAAGUGACAUUAUACACGAGUUUUUGAAUUGUUUCACUUGGGGAUAUAAAUGGCUGUCCUACCACGCUGAAUUCCAGAAUAAGUCGUGUUAACGCAAAUUAUUCUGAAUUUUCUUACAAAACGAGAUCACAGAUCAUAAUGUGGUACAUUUUAAUAUUUAAAAGUCAAUUUUUAUAAUAAUUAUCAACUGAAAUUUUCUGGGAAGACGGUUUAAGACUUACAAAUUUUAAUGGGAAAUCAAGUUGGUAUAACUGUUUGAGCAACCCGCUGCAGCGUACGGAGAAGCGUGUUUUUAAAACUAUGCGUACGGUCGCCCCACAGUAUACGAACAUCAGUGUUGUGUGUUUAAGUCUAAGGCAGCCUUUCCACUGAGGCGGAGAUGAGAGGAGACAUUGGAUUACAACAACGCUAUUGGUUGAUUUCCGCUGGUCUCUCAUUUCGGCCUCAGUGGAUAGGCAGUCUAAGCCGAGACUUAAUACUCGAGCCUUGGAGUCUUUAAAACUAGGCAUAACUCACAACUGUACAUGUUGCAUACAUUUUUUUGAUGCAGUGGGUACCUUUAAGAAUACUAUGACCUUGGUGUGGUAUGAAUAUCUUGGACUAUAAUGUUAAGUUGUUAUUAAGAUAUAUUUUAUUAGUUUUAUUAAUAUGAUUAGUAAUUUUUUUUUUGGGAAAUAUAAUAUGAAUAAUUGAAAAAUAUUUUUUCGUUGAGUUGAAAAUUUUGGUGUUAAAAAAUGGGUUAUUGCCACUCACAAGUGUAAUAAAAUAAUGUUUGACAUAUAUGUAUGAAUAAUGGCUUGAUGACUAAAUCCAUAAAAAAUUAGAUUUAUCUGUUAGAAAAAAUUGUUUGGUAUAGAGUCAUAGUUCAUCUAGAUACAGAGAUAUGUAAGGUAGGUUUUAGUUCUGCAUAUCGCUUGAUAAUCAACAAAAAUUCAAUCCACUAGAUUUUAAUUAAAUUAAAUUCAUUAAAAUUAAAAUUAUUUAUUUUGACUAACAGGGACUCAUAAUUACAAUAAUAUUAUAUUACAAUGUGGUGGGCCAUUUUAUUAAAUUUUGUACACUAAGCUUUUUUUAUACAUUUGUAUAUCUUAUGUUAUUUCCGCUCAGAAUCAUGAGCUCUUUCGAUUGUAAUGGGAGAAAAGUGCCCCAAAACUUCCAUACAUUUUUCAUUCCUUCCAUUCUGUUAACGUCAUACAAAGUUUAUGAAAAAUGGAAAUGGAAUGGAAAAGUCUUGGGACACAUAAUAGGAAUCAGCAUAAAAAUUUCAAAAUUAAAAAAGUGUACAACUUUAAAUAAGAAAAUUGUAUUCUCAGACUUGCAUCUCUGUAUUAAAUAUUAUCAGGCUAAGUUUUCAAGUACUCGUGUUAGUGGUUUUGGCCUUUUAAAAAAAUGUACAGCCUUUAAGUGUAGUGUGAAAUAGUACGAUAAUUUUAAUAGUAUGUGAUAUUUCUUGUUACUGCCGAGUCCGUCCUGUUUUGCGUAUAGAUGUUGUGUGUUGUGUUUUUUUAGCACGUUUUUCGGUCAAUCAUGUGCUUGCAUAGAGUAGUUACAAAGGUGUGUGUAAAGUCCCUAACCUGCUUUAGCAAGCGUGGGGACCUGGAGACAGACCUAACUCUCUUAAAGAAAGGCCUGUGCCCAGCAGUGGGGCAUUGUGUUUGGGAUACUUUUAGGGCUGCAAGGUGUUUUAAAUUGCCACAAAAGAAGCAAUAUUGAAAUGCAUUAGAAAAAUAUUAAAAUUAGUACCUAGAUUUGGUGAAGGUAUUUAAAUUUUGAAAGUGUGUGUUUAACUCACAUUUUUAUUAAAACACGUAAAAUGCAAAAUAGCACGGGCUCGCGGUUUUCUUGCAUUUUUCUUUGAAGGAGGAACGGAAAAAAAAUAAAAAAAAUAAUGUAUAAAAAGUCCUUAUUAUUAAUAAAAUAAUUAGCAAAACGAUAUGUGAAUAUAAUAUUAGUUUAAAAAAUAUAUUUUUAGCAUGAGAUUUUUAUUAGAAGAAAUAAUAUGUCAUGGAUACCAGACGUGUUGCGAGCUUUUUUUACGUUAAAUUCUUUUUAAUCCCCAAAUUUUUGCUUUAAAGCCAAAAAUAUAUCUAGCUACGAUGUACAGCCUUUAGAUUAGCACAGCAGUGAAAGCAUGUCACAAACGUCAUAUUUCUUCUAAUAAUAAUCGCACCAAAUAGCCUAUAAAAUUAAGGCUGUCCAUAACGAUAGUUUGUAAAACAAUUAAAAAUAUUCGUGUACAUUGAAUGAAAAUUAUUAAAAAAAGUUCAUUUUUAGCACACCGGGCGACUAGGUACCUAAGCCUUACACAAGUAAAGUUAAAAAAACACAUCAGCAAUAAUUUCAAAUGAAAAUCACUUUUUAAUUUACAAUUAUAUUGUCAACAACAAAUUUGAAUUUAUUAGCUAUUGAGUGUUUAGCAACCUUAAGAUUUCAAGGCUACUUUAAUUAUUAAAAAAAACCUCUAAAAGCAAUAUAAAAUUGGCCUAACAUUUAGUAAUUUGAUUGAAGUUUAUUCACGUGUCGUGCCCAGAAAAGAGACCUCAGCUAACGCCAUUAUUAACAAUAAUAUGUGCAACACGGCAUCUUUUCUUUAUAACCGACACAAUUAUAUUAAAAUUUUAACGUGUUAUUCAUGUAGUCCCAGCGUGUACUGCAGUCAUAGACAUAGUACAUACAAGUAGUUAUAGACAUGAAACCGAGCGACCAGGGGUAAGAGAAAGACAUAUUCAUGUAUUGACAGUUUCAUGUAUGGCAGCAUAAUCCUUUUUCUCUUUCACUUAUAAAUUUCGGUAUUUCGCCAUCGCCUCCUUGCUAUGAUGCCAUAACUCGACCAUGAAAAAAUGCCCGGUCGGUGAUAAAGACAAAGCAUGCCACUAUUUCCUCUUAUAGGAAUCGCAAUAACACUAUCUUUCUCUAUCGAAGAGUACACCUCUUGACUACAGUACACGUCGCACGCUAGAGACGGGUGCUCCUGUCGAAGACCCUCAAAACGGAUCGAAACAUGUCGCCCAAUUUUCGACUUAAAAAACGUGAGUAUUAAUAUAUUUAUGUUUAUUCUCAUUUGUCCCCGCCGGGCACAGAUGGGAACAAGUGCAUUCAUAUAAUCAUUCCCAUCUGUCUCCUAUACUGCGUACUGUCUUGUAUAAUGGCGGUCACAUGGGGCAGGGACAAAUGACUAUAUAUUUAUUAUGUUUGAGUCGAACGACACAAAUAUUAGGUUAGGUACCAAGACGUCGCGCCGGUUAGUAGAAGAUACCUCUAGGGUAGACGUGUGUUAUUUUUAAAAAGACAGGGUUAGAUUGUAAAUUGUGUGUAUGUACGAGGCGAAAUUAAAAGGGUUUGGAAAAAGUCGCCAUUUAGGGCCUGUUUCACAAUGUCCAAGUAAAGUCCUGAAUAAGCUACUUGCCACUUAUCUGACGGAUAAAGUCAUCGUUGGCGUUUCACGAUCUCCAAAUAAGCUUUAUCUGCUGGAUAAAGUGCUUUUUUUGUAGGAAAUUUUAUCUGGCAGUUAAUUUAUUUGUUAAUUAGCUAUCCAAUACUUUACUUGGACAUAGUGAAACAGGCCCUUAAACUGGUGUCACUGGUUUCUGAGUAUUAUUGUCCGCUUGCAAGUUGCUUCACUGGCACUAACAAUACUACUAUUAGGUACUAACUUGUGCCCGUGUUUUCGUCUGCGUAGAAUUCGUUAGAAAUUUCAACCCAGUUUUACCUUAGGGGUUGAAUUUCAAAAAAUCCAAAAGAAAAGCUUGACAACGUUGGAAGAAUAUAUGUUUAAAAUUUCAACAAUUUUAAGGCUUCUAAUUUUGUAAAUCAGUUAUUGAAAACUGGUCUAACCGUUUAAAUGUUGAACAUUAAUAAACAAAAUUGGUACAAAUGGCGAUAUUUUUCCAAUCCCUAGCAAAAUCUGAUUUAUUCCUUUAUUAUUGUUCGGAAAUCUAAUUUUAAAAUUAAGUUGAUCGUAGUUUUUUAAUUAUGUAGUUUCCUCUAAAUAUACUUGACUAUGUUAUUAUUGUAUAUUUAUAUUUCAUGUGUGUAUGUGAUACUGAAAGCUGUAAAUAUUGUACUAAAUAUGGGGCAUUUUCUAUGAAAAGGGACCUUAUUGUCGAUGGCGCUUACGCCGCACAGCGUCGCGCGGCAUUGUAUUUAUAUCGGAGCAUCGUUUAUAAUGGCGUAAGCGCCAUCGACAAUAAGGUCCCUUAUAGAAAAUACCACAUAUGUCUGAUGGUGUUGGGACAGUCGUAAAUAUGUAUACAAAAUCUGCGCCUUAACCUAUUGAAAUAAGGUGCGUACUGCCACAUUAAUAUAGGGUAAAGACCAGUGUUCAGACCUCAGUCAGCCUUUUUCGUCUAUGGAUAUAUGUAUAAAAUUGGCUUCGAUUACCGCGAUAGUUACUCAUAAAAUAAAACUUAUUUUAUCUGAUUAUAUCGCGUACCUGUCUGUCCACUAGUGCUUUACCAAAUGCCAUAAGUGUUCUAAUAUACACAGUAGGACUGACUUUUGAUGGCUCUCAGACAGUUUAAAGUGAGAUUUAGACUAGCAAGAACUUGCAUGCAAUUCUCAUUACAUUGCGGUAUCUGAUAAACAUUUUGAAUGCAGUUUACCUUAGUAGUCAGCAAUGUAACGUAAAUUGCAUGCAAGUUCUUCCUAGUCUAAACCUCGCUUUAGGUUGGGCAUAAACACUAUGUGCCGUUUUUAAGCAAAAGGUAUCUUAUUUUCGGUUUUCAAUAAGGCAUUAUUGCCUAAAAUGCAAUUAGAAAUUAUUAUCGACAAUGUGGGUACCAUUUGAUUAAAAGGUUAAAAGCCACACAUAUGUAUGUUAUGUUUCGUGUAAAAAGGGCCCCUAGGGCGAUAAGCAUCGUUAUAUUGACGCUUUUAUAACCCUAAGUUCCCUUUAGAUGUGGAACGACACAAUCUUUUUUGUAUCACAGACACACGCGGUCAGAGCUCAUUGUUUAAGUUUAACAUUUGAAUGAUUGAAAUAUAUUUAAAUUAUAUGUCACAACACAACUCACAACUAACUAUCCAAUAGGCAUGCUCUGUUGUUUUUGAGAUUAUAAAAAAAGUGACACUGUUUAAAAUAAUUAUAUCGCGUGUGUAGUUAUAAAGAAGCUAUUCCUACAUUAAUCACAAAUGACAAAAUUUAUUUUGAUAAAACGUGUGAUUUUUUUCGUUUUUUUUAAUUAUUAUAAAAGCGAAAAACAGGUCUCAUACAAAUUUUUAAAUGCUCCUAACUCUUACAAUAAUGUAAAAAUCGAAAAAAAAAUCUAACUGUCGGGCAUAGCUGUUUUUUUUAUAUUAAAUUUCAAUAAUAUUAAUAUCCAGAGAGGAAAAUGGGGAAAGUAAGUCGUUUGUAUGGAAAGGCAGUUUCGGGGCAGUCGUCCCCUUUCGUCUUAAUGCAUUUGUCCCCAUCGGAGAUAGUGGGGAUUAGUGAAAUCAACCCCUCAAUAUACUAUACGUUAUAUACUAACAUUCAAAUCAACUUAUGUAUAUUUACCUCCUAAGGGUCACGAUCCUACAUAUAGCACUAAUUACUUCAAUAAAAUUUAAACCCUUUACAACCUACUUCAAAAAGGGGGAGGUUCUCAAUUCGUCGGAAUCUUUUUUUUUAUGUAUGUCCAUUCCAUUUCAAAGCAACAGAAAUUAAAUCUUAUGUCCUACACUAUUGAACUUUCAAUUUUUCUUAGGUAUAUGAUAAGCCUUAGGAGGAUAAAAUACUCGAUGUCAACAAGACGGGGACAAAAGGGAAUACAUUAUGUCGUUCAUAGAUGGGUAAUAACUAUUUCCAUUUGUCCCUGUAGGCUGGUGGGAAUACCUCAAAAUAGUUUAAACAAAAUCGCAAUUGAUGCAAUGUAAAAUUAGGUUAUACACGCGAUAUACAAUCAUUAUUUUAACAUUUUAUUACAGAGUAACAUUUCCAAAAUUGAAUUGUACAUUAUUCGGACUGAUUCAUAUAAAUAAAUAACUGUUUAGUUUGACGUUUCGCUUUCCUAGCCUAGUUGUAUGAGUAGUUAAUGGUGUCAGCAUAUAGAUCCUUUUUGACCACAUAGUAGCCACGGAACAUUUUUAAUACUCUGUAUUCAACUUUUUACCGCAUAAAAUGCGUGAUUUAGUAAGAAUAUAAACUGAUUUCAAGAUUCAAAUCUAUACUAUUAUGGAAAAUAAUUCCUUUUUGGUUUUCCGUCUGAGUGUGAUCGAACUGAGUAAGUUAGAUGUUGCCUUGUUAUGUAGAAUACGGAAUAUAUGGAUUUAACAUAAUAAUAAAAUAAAAAAAAGUAUGUUUUAUCAAACUUAUACAAUUUCAAGAGAAUUAGUUGAGAAAUGCGACCAGACUUCGCAUUCGCUCGUCAACUAUAUGCUGGUACCAUUUAUUCAUAUAUAGAUUAUAAUUAUAGGUUGAAUGACCCUCGAUGUAUCUAUUUUAUAAUUAUGUUCCAUGUUUAAUGGUUUUCACUGUAUGAUAUCCUCACGUUAAAUUAUAGUUUAUAAUUAUUAUAACGGAGUCACGGCUCCAUAGGAGUGACAUUAUGAAAUAUAAGAACGUUGCAAUAAAAUUGUAAAUUGAAUAGUA